AUGCUGCUCUCCGUCCUGGCGGCGUUGUGUCGGCUGCGCCUGGCGCUGGGCGUGCGCGGCGCGCCCUGCGAGCCGGUGCGCAUCCCCAUGUGCCGGCACAUGCCCUGGAACAUCACGCGGAUGCCCAACCACCUGCACCACAGCACGCAGGAGAACGCCAUCCUGGCCAUCGAGCAGUACGAGGAGCUGGUGGACGUGAACUGCAGCGCGGUGCUGCGCUUUUUCCUCUGCGCCAUGUACGCGCCCAUCUGCACGCUGGAGUUCCUGCACGACCCCAUCAAGCCGUGCAAGUCGGUGUGCCAGCGCGCGCGCGACGACUGCGAGCCCCUCAUGAAGAUGUACAACCACAGCUGGCCCGAGAGCCUGGCCUGCGAAGAGCUGCCGGUCUACGACCGCGGCGUGUGCAUCUCGCCGGAGGCCAUCGUCACCGACCUCCCCGAGGACGUUAAGUGGAUAGACAUCACGCCAGACAUGAUGGUACAGGAGAGGCCUCUUGAUGUUGACUGUAAACGCCUAAGCCCUGACCGCUGCAAGUGCAAAAAGGUGAAGCCGACUCUGGCGACGUAUCUGAGCAAAAACUACAGCUACGGUAAUCAUUCACGCCAAAUAAAAGCUGUGCAGAGAAGCGGCUACGAAGUAACGACCGUGGUGGACGUGAAAGAGAUCUUCAAGUCCUCGUCACUCCCUCGGACGCAGGUCCCGCUCAUUACCAAUUCUUCCUGCCAGUGCCCCCACAUCCUGCCCCAUCAAGACGUGCUCAUCAUGUGUUACGAGUGGCGCUCCAGAUUAAUGGAUGAGCUUCUUGAAACUGGUUUAGUUGAAAAAUGGAGAGACCAACUUAGUAAAAGAUCCAUACAGUGGGAAGAGAGGCUCCGGGAGCAGCGGAGGACAGUUCAGGACAAGAAGCGAACGGCUGGGCGUACCGGUCGUAGCAACGCCCAGAAACCAAAGGGAAAGCCGCCCUCUCCCAAACCGGCCAGCCCCAAGAAGACCGUCAAAGCUAGGAGUGCCCAGAAGAGAACAAACCCGAAAAAAGUGUGAGCCACCUGCUUUCCAGAAUGGAGACUGCCUCUCAGGAUGAGGCCAGGCACCCCCCAGCCAGCCUGGGGGGGCGAGGUGCCCCUCUUCUCGCCUUAACGACUGCAGUCCUCCCCAUAGACACAUCGUACAGCAGUUUUCUUAGUGAUACGCUUCAAUUUUUUCUUUUUAAGCCACCACAAAACCCUAGUGGUAGGUAUGU